GCCUGUUGCUGCAGAGACUUUCUAUUGAGCGUAAAACUAAACGAGAAAGCCUGCCGGUCAAGUAUGGAGAACUUCAGCUUGGUCAGAUGUAAUAGUCUGGAUGCAGGAUCAGGAAGUGACAAAGAGUUGAUGAGUCUUUACCCUGAAGUGGAGCCUACACCAGCAGAGUUGGCUCAGUGUGAAGCUGAAGUAGGUACGCUGCUCAGCAUCAUCGCUGAAGUGAACAAGAAGAUGGGGUCCCUGAAGGCACCAAGUGAACCAGGUAAUUUGAGACCACCAAGACCACCCAGUCCUCUUUUUCCAGACCUACUUUCACACAGGUUGAUGAGACACGUCCCAGAGAGGAACACGUCUGGUUAUGUCACAUCGAAUCCUCCACUUCCAAGUCGAGGGGGCAGGGGUGUCAUAUGGACAGAACUCAAGGGGGCUCUGACUGCAGUGGAGGACUCCAUCAACUAUAGAAGGUCAUGGGCAGCCCCCAUUGCAGCCUCAGAUCGAGACAGACCCAAAGAGCAUCUGAGAGCGGCUCAGGACAGCUGGGCCAAGGCUGACAAGAUUUUGGAGGAGAUGGAAAAAGAAUUUGGGAUUUCUUGUCCUUCAGCUGUGACAAAAGAAACAUUUCAGGAGGAACUGGUGGAUCAUCCGGACUCCGCUCCCCAGCAGGGAGAGUUGCAGAGAUCAUACAGCGUCAGCAACGUGGAAGAUGAGAAGAACAAGGUUGGUCACCAGACGACCUGGAGGUCGGCCAUUUGCUCCCCUUCUUACAGAUCGUCGAGCACUGCUGGGGCCUCCUCUUCCUUUCCAUGUUCUCCUUUGCUACUCAGAAGAGCAGCCAGAGCGGGAGGAGCUUUUUCUCCAGGAAGUGACGGCUCUCCACUGAGCUUAGGCAGUCCUUGUCCAAGCCCCAUCGGUCUGCCGGAGACUGAGAUAGAACGACUGAACAGAUACAUUGAGAAGCUGAGAGCCAGGAAUGAACGUCUCACUGUUGCUUUGGAGCGAAAGAGGGCAGAGUUUGAGCAGAUCAGCGUUACAUUCAAGAGGCUCGAGGCCGACUGUUCGGCCAUGCACCUGGCUCUCAGAUACUGUGAAGAGUGUGAAGAGGCAUACGGCGAGCUGCUGGCACUUUACGAGGCUCAGAGGCAACAGAGAGUUCCUGUGCAGGCCGACGCAGCAGAGGCCGUCGAUGACACUCAGCAGCCCGGCAGCCCGUCAGCUCAACGCCGGGAAAUGGUAAGUGAGGAAUUGUCCACCUCCUUUACAACAGAGGCCACCAAGGAGAUGGAAACACAUUCAACACAAAGGACUACUGAAAUCAGUGAACGAAAGGUUGCGCUCCAUGAGCUAAUCGAGCGCCUGAAAAGGGACCGGGCGGCCAUUUGCCUCUCAAAGCCGCGUGCAGGAGUGGAGGUUAAAUUGAACCCGGACGCUGGCUCCCCCGCUGGGCUGCAAGGGGGACACUUGACUAAAGAUAACAUCAAGCGAGAUAAGACGUCUGUGAUCCAUGAGAUCACCACAGCCAGGGAGGAGAUGUCAGACCUGCGUGCCCUCAUCCGUCUGAAGGAGAAAGAGUUGAGGUGUCUGGAAUGGAGUCUAGUGGCCCAAAAGACCCAAGAAGCAUCUGGAGCGUGUAUUCCAGAAAGCCUGCGAGAUGAGCUGGAGGACUGUAAGACGGAACAACAGAGGCUGUGUGACAAUGCUGCUAAACUAUGUAGCGAUGGUGACGUGACUGGCCUCAAGACCAGGCCCAUUUUAAAAGAGAUGCAGGCAGUCCUUCAGAGGGAGCAAGCCCUGAAGAAGAGACUGGCUUUAGUUUAUGACCCGACCCUCACAGACAGUGCCUCCAACAGGAGAGACAAUGAUGAGCAUGUUGCAAGGCUCACACAAGCUCACAGUAAGGCCCUGAGCUCUUACAGACACAUUCGCAGGAAGUACCGGGAGCAAAUGUGGAAGCUGGAGCAGAAGAUGGCAGCCAUGAUGGAGAGUCAGCACAUCCAGAGAGGAUCUGGAGAAGAUUCAGAAUGGAAGAGGGAAGAGACCGUACUGUGAUGCCUCAGGAACAACUGCAUGGCUGUGUCUCCACGCAUGCACUUCACUUCCAUAUUUACACUUUACAUUUUGAGGUCUUAAGUGUCACACUGAGAAUGUUGAACUCAACAUGCCCCGAAUUGUGAGUGUGCAGCAAAGGACCAAUGACACAAAUAGUGCCACACAGAACUCUGCUCUGUUCGUGUUAAAGGAUCAGGUCAAUUAAAUUACAAAAAAAAUGCAGGUUUUUUUUGGUCCGAUAUCUUCAGUGAUCUUCAGCUCUCACUGGAUCGGUUCGCAGCUGAGUGUGAAGCGACUGGGAUGAGAAUCAGCACCUCCAAAUCCGAGUCCAUGGUUCUCACCCGGAAAAGGGUGGAAGGCCAUCUCGGGUUGGGGAGGAGACCCUGCCCCGAGUGGAGGAGUUCAAGCACCUCAGAGUCUUGUUCACCAGUGAGGGCAGAGUGGAUCGUGAGAUCGACAGGCGGAUCGGUGCGGCGUCUUCAGUAAUGCAGACGCUGUAUCGAUCCGUUGUGGUGAAGAAGGAGCUGAGCCGGAAGGCAAAGCUCUCAAUUUACCGGUCGAUUUACGUUCCAAUCCUCACCUAUGGUUAUGAGCUUUGGGUUAUGACCCAAAGGACAAGAUCACAGGUACAAGCGGCCGAAAUGAGUCACUGCUGCUCCACAUCGAGAGGAGCCAGGUGAGGUGGUUCGGGCAUCUGGUUGGGAUGCCACCCGAACGCCUCCCGAGGGAGGUGUUUAGGGCACGUCCGACCGGUAAGAGGCCACGGGGAAGACCCAGGACACGUUGGAAAGACUAUGUCUCCCGGCUGGCCUGGGAACGCCUCGGGAUCCCCCAGGAAGAGCUGGACGAAGUGACUGGGGAGAGGAAAGUCUGGGCUUCCCUGCUUAGGCUGCCGACCCCGCGACCUGACCUCGGAUAAGCGGAGGAAGAUGGAUGGAUCUUUUCCUGCCUCAGCCUCAAUGUACUAGUUGUCUUUAUUUCGACGGACAUGAUUUCUUGCUUGCAGCCUAUACAUGUCUGCAUUGUCGGAGUUUGGUGCAGGUUAGCCGUUAUGCAAUCCUAGUGCAGAUGUGCUGGUGUAUGUCCCUGACAUCUUAAGUGCACAACAAGACGACGAGCUUGUUGGCUACUGCAGUCAGCUUAGCAUUCACACUGGUGUUUUUGUCAUGGGUACAAAGGCUGUGCAGUAACUAACAUACUGUGUGUGUACCAAAUGCCAGCUAGUGUCCUUGAACCGCACUUCCUGACGCCAAAAGAGCCGCUCUGGACAAUGAGCUUACAGGUCAGGGCUUUUAGCUCAUUGUCUAACAAUGCUUAAGUCUCUUAUGGCCAUGGAGUUCAUGGUCGUAGUUCAAGCCUCAAGCUGGACUUAGAAGCUAGAAUCAAAAGUGUUACACCAGUGCCGUGCCCCGUUUGCCAGGUUGUGACGCUGUGCGAUAGUAUGCAGUGAGAACAGCUCAGAGCAUUUUAGCUCACCACCUAGUGCUGCUGCACUUAACUCCCAUUUGCUGGGGAGCCCGGUUCGAGCCCUGAGCUGAACUGAGCUGGCACUCACAACUGUGCAUAAUGUAAAGACAUGGUUGGGGAAAUUGCAUGACAAAAAUUAACUAUUCCAGGAUGUCAAAAAAAUGCAGGUUAUUUUUAUAUUCUGCUUUGUUUUCCAGCCUAGAUUUCCCAAAAAGCUUGUAAAAAAUUGUAUUUCAUUCUUAUACAUAGGCAUCGAGUAUCGAUGGGAACCGGGCCUUACGUUUUGAUUCUCCCAGAAUUGUCCACAUUUGUAAACUUAAUUUCUAUUGUUGAUGCCAAGUCAGUCUAUCUCCAUCUUCAAUCUUCCAUUUGGGCAAAUAAACCACAUUUCUUAAGUUUUAUUAUCACUAGAAGAUGAGAACGACAUGCUAAACAUGUUGAAAUGUUUUUUAUGUUCAUGUUUGUCCUUCAUACCGACCAUCAGACUGUAUAAUGCAUAUGUUCCUUUUGACUGUACAUGUACUGUAAAUGUAUAAUGUAUUUAUAUUAUUCACAUGUGAAUAAUGCUGUAUAAUAGACUGUAUUUAUGUUAUUCACAUGUGAAUAAUGCUGUAUAAUAGACUAUAUUAUUCACAUGUUAAAAAUACCUAAGUGUUUAUUGUCUAUU